AUGGCGAGUUCACGGCGGGCUCAAACAGCGCAUGUUGUUGGGGAUGACAUGGGAUGGACCGUUCCACAGAACGGUGGCACCGCAUACAGCAAUUGGGCGGCUACUUGGAGACAUCUUGGUGUUCAACUUCACAACGAAUGCAGCGACGACAACCCUUUCGGAAACAUGCUCACCAAUGGUCCAGCCAACGUUACCCUCAACUCCACUGGCCAACAAUAUUACAUUUGCACUCUUGGGCGGCACUGUGAACUCGGCCAAAUAUUAGCCAUUACCGGUUUGGCUACUUCUGGUUCUCCUUCGCCACCACCUUCACCUACUACUCCAACAACCCCUUCUACUACUUCAGGCACACCAGCCGAUUGCACACCAGCUCCGACAUCUGGUCCAACAGCUGGCUUGAUGCCUCCGAGUUCGGUACCUGGUCCCAAUGGUGCUCCCAAUUCUUCAUCUUCAUCAGCUGUUCUUGUCAAUUUGUUGGUAUCUACGUUGGACAUUGCCAUGAGUUUAAUUUUCUAAACUAUUGAGGAAGAGUAUCA